AUGGAGAAAAUUGAUAUUUAAAACAUGGCUUUGGUAGAAGAAACUAAAAUAAUGAUUAAAUAAAUGAAAAGUGAGUAGUUGAACAACAAACUCAAAGAUUAUUAAAGAAGAAUUCAAAACUUUAAAUAAAUUGAAUCAUAAGUAAAAGAAAUGAAAGUGUCAAUCAAUAAUACCAUAGAUAAACUAUAAUCUAAUUUAAAUUAGAAAAUAACUCUAAUGGAGAAUGAAUUAGAUGAUUCAGAAUCAAAAACUAUAGUCUCUACUUUUGAAGAAGAUAUUAGAAUUUUAUCGAAGAUUUACAAAGGAUCAUUCAAUUUUGAAAUUCCUAAAGAAUAUGAAAAGUCUUUGGAUGAUAAUUCUUAUAUCGAUUCAAUUGAAUAAUAAUUAUAAUCAAUAAUCAAUUGUCCUAAAUUAAUUGAAAUCAAAGAAUGUUUAGAAAAAACAAAAGUAGAAAAUGAGAAUAAAGAAGUAAAAUAAUUCUAAUUACUUAACAAAAAAGAAGAAGAUCCAUAAAAAACACCAAGUUUAAAGAUUUAAUGUAAUAAACAUGGAAAAGAAAUUAUUAUGUUUAAUUUGAAUCCUGAUAAAACAGAAUACUCUAGAUUGGCUUGUGUUGAAUGUAUAUAAUCAAAUAAUCCAAUCAAAUACACUACUUUAGAAGAUACUAAUCUUAAAUGGAAUGAAUAUUUGGGAUAAAAUAGUGAUUAAAUCAAACGAUUUUAGAAUCAAAGACACUUGAAAUCAACAUAAAUCAUUGAUAUUCUUCAAGAUAUUAAAGAAAAAAAUCAUAAAUAAGAUAAAUACUUAAUAUUCAAUGUUUUAUUAAAAUCAAAUUAAUGA